AUGGAGAUAUAUAAAACUACUACUCCAAAUGAAUGGAGGUAUUUCGCCAAGGGAUCAGCUAACAUUUUAUUCAAGUAUUGUGGUAAUAACGACUACUUGACUCAUAAACUAUUAAGAUUAAGGCUAGUUAAAAAGGAUGAGGAAUAUAUAAGUACAUGCGAAUUAUAUGAUUUUAUUGAAUUGAAAUGCAAGCAUUUAUUCGAUUCGACUCAUGGACAAGUGGUUAUUAAUAUUCAAUUGGUCGUGUUGACUAAUGAGUUUGUUGCAAAUUUAGAUAGCUGUGGGUUCCAACUACAGUUGAAUGAGCGAUAUGGCUUGCUAUUGCCUAAUAUUCUAGAUGGUGAAUAUGUUAGAUUUUCACUACUGAAGAAUUGUCAAUUGUACAUCAAUAAUAAUGGUAAUUGCAGUAAUAACAAUAGCAACAACAACAAUAAAAAUAAUAAUAAUAAUAUUACUGCUGAAAUCGAUCUUUAUAAUGGUUGUCAAUCACUACAACAAGUUUCCCUAAAUACCAAAAUUAACUCAAUUAUAUUUGAAAUAAAACCAAAAUGGUUGUACGAUAACACGUCCUCCAACUAUUGCCGUACGUGUUCUCACAAUCAAUUGCGCAAUGUGUCUCGACAUUUUUGUCCCUUAGAUUUACUAUAUCCACAAACAAUAGAUCAAGGCAUUUCAGAUAUAUUUGCAUUGAUACCUCAACUGAUUCUCACUUUAAUUGAAGAAAAGAAUCAAUUUCCAAUAAGGCAGUUAUUUCACAAUUACUUGGCUACACCAAAUAACAUCUUUAUUAAAUUAAAAGAAUGUCAAAAAAUCUGCAAUAAGCAAGACCAAAUUGGAAGUAUCCGUUGCGCAGAUGACGUGUCUCAGCAUUUAUCGUUAGUGAUGACCUUACGUGAUGUUGGCCUAUUCAUCAAAUUUGAAAAAUUCAAUCCUUUGAAUAAUACUCAUAAUUCGCAUAACAACAUCAAUAAUUUGUAUACAUUGAAGGACAAAAAAUAUUUGAUCACUUGUAACAUCUAUGAUUUGGAUUUAAAGAGUAAGAUGAAGUAUAAGCAUUGGCUCAAGGUUGAAGAGGAAUUGAAGGCAAUAUAUAACCUGAAUAAUCCGCUGUGGCCACAUUGUGUCCGUGUCGAGCCAUGA